GUUGGUAUUGUCGCAAAACAAUAUGGCGACGGUGAAUAUGGUCAAUUCUGAAUGGACUGUAGAUAUUUCGAUUUAUCGAUAUUUAUUGCCCAUCCCUACUAUACUGUGGUGCUUUGUUAUCAGAUGAAGAAGUUAUAAAAUGGCGAAACGUGUUAGAUACGAAACCAAGAAUAAAUUUGAAUCAAUUGAUUCAUCAGAAGGAAGCGAUGAUAAUUAUAAUCUCAAUCAGUUAGAAGAUAGCAGCGAUCCUGAGGUAGCAAUAGAGGCUCUAAAUUAUCAAUCACGACGUAAACCAAAAUGUUUUUCUAAAAAUGCACAGAUGGCUAGACAAAAUCGUUUGAAAAAAAAAAUCCACCUUGCAAAACUAGAAAAAAAAGUCGAAAUUUUGAAGAAAGAAAAAAAUGAUCUGAAUAAUAUUAUUCAUGCUCAAUCUAACAAGCUUUCCGAACUGAAGAAAGAAGUGAGAUAUUUGAAAGGAGUCUUAGUAAAUAGUUCCGAUAUUCGAACAUUAGUAAGAAAUAUUCAUGAGAGUACUGGAAUGCCUGUUUCAUCAUCUUUAAGUAAUAGAUUGAAGGAGUGCUGGUAUUACUGAAUUACUUGGAAGGAUUGCAGUAUCUCUUUCCAAUGUUCAAUUCAAGUAACACAUCUAAUGAAAUUGAUGAUAUCAGGUUGAGUAUGAUUGUAUCGUUCUUAUUUUGAGGUUUGCUCAAAUUUGCAUCAAAAUUCAGUUACUUUAAAAUUUCCUUUUUUUUUGCAUUCAGUUUCUCAACAUAGGCAAAAUUCAUUGUUUCUGUUUGAUGAUAAAUUUAGUCUAAUGAGAUUACUAAACAAAUUCUAAGUUUCAGUGAAGAAUUUUCCAGAGGAGUAGGUGAAAUAAAUCCAUGUGAUUAGUGAUAUAUUAAUAAUGAAAAAUAAUGAAGGUAAUGUGUUGUGUAAUUGGUUUCUGUUACUUCAGAUUAACAAUAACAAGAUAUUUCAGUCAAUAUUCACAGUAAUAUCAGUCUUUAAGGAAGAAUUUAAACAAAAAUUCACAUAUUGUAUUUCCCACUAAUCUAUUAAAAUAGAUUAAAAAAUAGGCUAUUUUCACAAAUUUUAUGUACACAAAUGUCAAUAGUAAGGUUCAUAAGAUCUUAUUAAAAAAAAAAUAACAUUGAAAUUCCCACUAGAAUAAAUCUUAAUUUUUUUGCAAUAAAUAUUCAAUCUCAAUGCCAGUUAUCCAAUAUCGGUUUUUAUUUCUUUUGGCCCUUAUAAUUUGGAAUUGGCUAUGUCAUGUUAAUUGUUAAACUAUUCUUUUUAGAAACGUUAAAAUUAUAAUUUUCAAAAAUCCUAUUGUAAUAUGAAAAUAUUGUUUUCAUUUAUUAUGAUACGUAUAUAAUUUUUUUGUUUCAAUUGUAUAUAAUCAAAAGUGUGUUAGUCCAAAAAUAAAAUGUAUAUUAAUCAGAUUUUGUUAAACUUUUGUAAAUAGUCCUUUUUUUUUCAAUAAAUAUUAUUUUGCAUUUAUGAUCCAUUUUUGAUUUAUUAUUUCAUUUGCAAUUAAUUGAGUUGGAAAUGUUUUAGUAAUAAAGUACAUACUUGAUUUAGUUAAAUAAUACAGAAACUUCAGAGUGAAAAAAGUUCAAAAAUGGGUACAAGCUGGUUGCGAAGAAAAUUUGGACACAGAGUCUCUGAGGAAAAUCAAAGCUCUAAUAUCGAAGUGAAGAUGAACCUGUUCAGAAAGUAUCCACUAAAAAAAAAAAUCCACAUCAUUCCAUUCAAUCCUUCCAUGGGGUUUGCGAUGGAAAAUGAAUUGUCACCGCAUGAAGUGAUUCUUCUAAAAAGAAUUCAACAAAAGGUUGCUGAUACAAGUAUGAGCAUGAAACAACUUGUUCAAGGAACUCAUGACAAUUUUGUAGAAAGAGAGAAUUGAGAAUCCAUUAAUUGUGAUAUCACUCAAAGCAUUUAUGUUUCUUUCGAUAUAGGUAGGUGAAUAUUGUGAGAAGUUUUUUCAAUUCCAAAUACAUAUUUUUUAUAUAAAAUAUAUUAUAUAAUAUAAAAUAUAAAUAAAUAAAAGUAUUUUUUCAUGAAAA